UAGUUUAUGUUCUAGGAUGACCAAGUAGAAGAAUACUUUGAAAAAAUUGAUAAUGCCUUCUGGCUAUACAGUGAGUCUUUGUUUUGUUUUGUUUUGUUUUCCCUUUGCCAUAUCAGAGAAUUAAUUUGCCUGAGAGAGUGUCUUUACGAUAAAUAACGGGAGCACGGAAAACCCUUAGCACUUUGCCUGAGCAGCGAAAGAAAGAUUGAGCCGUGGGUCACAGAAAUGUCCUUAAAAUGAAACAGACUGCCGAUGUCUAAGUUGCUUUUCUGUGAUGGAACUGCUUGUACUCUAUAUCCUGUUCAUAAUGCAGAUCAAAUAAGAUUAUACUAUUAUUUUUCUUUUGCCGUAGCUCAGGACAGUGGUGAGUUUCAGACUCCUCUAGGUGCCCAUUCUGCAUUUAUUCCACCAACCGCCCCGCCGCCAUGGAGUGCCACCUCAAGACCCACUACAAGAUGGAGUAUAAGUGCCGGAUCUGCCAGACGGUGAAGGCCAACCAGCUGGAGCUGGAGACGCACACCCGGGAGCAUCGCCUCGGCAACCACUACAAGUGCGACCAGUGCGGCUACCUGUCCAAGACCGCCAACAAGCUCAUCGAGCACGUGCGCGUCCACACCGGGGAGCGGCCCUUCCACUGUGACCAGUGCAGCUACAGCUGCAAGCGCAAGGACAAUCUCAACCUGCACAAGAAGCUGAAACACGCCCCACGCCAGACCUUCAGCUGCGAAGAGUGCCUCUUCAAGACCACACACCCCUUCGUCUUCAGCCGCCACGUCAAGAAGCACCAGAGUGGGGACUGCCCCGAGGAGGACAAGAAGGGCCUGUGUCCGGCCCCCAAGGAACCAGCCGGCCCCGGGGUCCCGCUCCUGGUCGUCGGGAGCUCCCGGAAUCUCUUGUCUCCCCUGUCGGUCAUGUCCGCCUCCCAGGCUCUGCAGACCGUGGCCCUGUCGGCUGCCCACGGCAGCAGCUCAGAGCCCAACCUGGCACUCAAGGCUUUGGCCUUCAACGGCUCCCCUUUGCGCUUUGACAAGUACCGGAACUCGGAUUUUGCCCAUCUCAUUCCCUUGACAAUGUUAUACCCCAAGAACCACUUGGAUCUCACAUUCCACCCUCCCCGACCUCAGACUGCGCCUCCCAGCAUCCCCUCACCCAAACACUCCUUCCUCGCCUAUCUCGGACUAAGAGAAAGAGCAGAGACUGUCUAAGGACAGCCAUGUUCUGUACCAAAAACAAAGAGACAGAGACACAAAACAAAAAACAGAAACCCACAAAACUUAAACACAACCCCAGCAGGUGUAUGUUGCUGCAAAACCUACAGACCCCCGCCUGGGUCUGAACCACGUGUACUGUAUAUCUUUAGUAAGGAAUAGAGAAUUGGCUCUGUGUGUAUACCUAUUGCAUUGACCUGAAAGCUGCUUUAUCCAAUCUUCAGAGAGGUGACCUACUGCAUACUUCUACCUUCAGAGGCAUGCCUCCCCAGCCACCCACUCCCUCAGCCCCUUCUCCGUACUUUUAUCUGAAAGGAAUUUUGUCUUGUUAAACCCUAAAGAGAGUGUCCUUAAUAGCAAUCAGCACUUGUAAGCUUAUAUACUGGUGCAUUUUGUUUUCUGUUGGGUGAAUGGGGUGUGUGGGUGCUGUGGAUUCUGAAAGAGAAAGCCGUGUGUCGUGUGCCAUGACAUUGCUAUUGCACAUUUCUUUGUACUGGCUUCUUUAACAGCGAUGAACAUUCUUUUCCCUCCUGGGUUGUUCAUCCAUUACAGUCUCUCCCCAAGCUCCUUCGUCACCUUUCCCUCUUUAUUUUAUGGCUACAGAGUGGUAGGGCCUGGUGCUUAGUCGAUGAAGGACUGGUAGACACCCACAGUGCCACUUGAGAUUUCCGACAGAGUGCCAGAGACCUUGUGCUCAGAUCUUCUUGGUUAUGAAGAUGUGAGAACAUAGAGAACACUCUGGAAGAAAUAUCUCGCAGCACUGCAGCCAAUAUCACAAAACUUAAGUGUGUUUUGUGUGUGUGUGUGUGUGUGUGUCCAUACAUAUACAAUGUGUAUGGUGCACACACACUGUGCAUCAUUUUUUAAAGGGCAGAUUAUAUAUAUAUAUAUAUGAUGAUAUAUAUAUAUAUAUAUAUGAUGUAUUAAUUCAGUGGUUACCAUUUAUUUGCAGGAAAAAAAAAACUGUAUGAAUGAAAAAUUUUAUGGUUGAUAAAUCCAGCCAAGGAGAUUAAAGGGGUUUGGAUACAUUCUGGGUAUAAAUGCUCAGACUAAAAAAAAAAAAAAAAGAAGAAGAA